AAAGCUGCUCUAUAAGGAAUCCCCAGGGGUAGGGCUGUAUUAAGACCACUCUAUUAUUUGGUGGUCGUUAUAGAGGGGCGCCACUGUAUUUUUUUUAAAAAAUAUAUAUUUAAUAGGAAUGCCGGUCCUGUUCUUGAAUAGAGAAGUGGUUUGAAAACUUUGAGGCUGAGGGUGGUGGGUUUUCGAGCAAGGGCGAGGGUAGCCAGGCAGCCUGCCCCGCUUCCACCUCGACUCCUUUCAGAGCUCAGCUGCGUUCUGAAGAAUACUCAUUGAGAACAGUGCAGAGACCUGGGCGUGUUUCAGCGGUGCGCUCCACUCCAGGUUUAACAGCUAAAAUGAAAUCAUUAACUACUUCAGGGACUGGCGAGAGGUUUAAUUGGUUCAAUUAAGCAACGUAUUUGUCUGUUGUUCAAUUGACAAUGAACCAGGUGAGUUUAUUUGUAUUAUUAUUAUUAUUGUUUUAAACCGCGGUUAUGAAUUAAUCAAUGAAGUCGCCUUAUAGAGCGAGUAUAAAACGUGUUAGCGCGCCGUUUCUCCUCAGUUUCUUUCGGAGGAAUACACAAUGGAGAAGUCUGGCAAUGCUGCUGCCUUCUGGACGGGGUUGUGGUUGCUGCUGAGCGGCAUGGCUUUGUCCUUGGCCGCGCAGGGCUAUCAGGCUACGGUUGUUUGCGGUGAUCGAUACAUGGAUUUGAGAGUCUCCGCGGUACAGUCUGCCGGAUUGUCCUUGAGAUUCCAGGUACCGGAUCAAACAAACCAGAUGGUCGAUGUCUCGGUCCUCUAUUCCUGUGGAUAUUCUGCCUUCAGAGAUUUGGAUGGGUCUAUAGUCUUGCGAGUAAUGCGCACUGCCUGCUAUAUCCAGGUUGUGGGCGGGUACCACGUUCAGAAUGUUGACGUUAGUGGGGUAACCGUGCAAGGAAGCAUUAACAAAGACCGCAUUAGCAUGAGAUGCAUAGCUCCAGGCAGUAAUCCCAGAGACUGCCAAGUUGCUGAGAACGAGAAGCUUUCCUGUGGUGAUCGUUCCAUGAAUGAAACUGCUUGUACAGAGACUGGCUGCUGCUUUGAUAGGAAUGGACUGAUAGCAUGCUAUUACUCAAACAGCGGUGAGUACUGGAUUCACUAGCAUUGCAUGACCCUGAGAUUUGUGUAGCUGUACCAGCCAAUUUACAAUUUCUAGAUCGGCACGGCUAACCUACGAUGACUAACUGCUCUAAUGAAAAAGCUGUCUGGAAUAAUGGCCCUAGAUGUCUGUCUUGGAUUAGUUCACUUGGUAUUGUGUAAUGAGGAGUUGAUGGGACUAUAAAUACAGUGAUAAAAACCCAAUGAUGCCCUUCAUUCCCCUUCAGUGACUGUCCAGUGCACCAGAGAUGGCCAGGUUGUGGUUGUGGUGUCCAGGAA